CGCCGCCAGAGUUUAGCGAACGGUCGCCGUUGCGGCGGGAGGGGGGGCUGCGUUCGCUUCCCGAGGCGGCUGAGGUCCGCGGAUGGUGCGGAGAAGCCGCCUUAACGAGGGCCCUCCUCCUCACGCCGUGCCGGGCCUUCUCCGCCCCACCGGCGAGCCGCUUACCUGACUCGGCCCAAGAGCAAGAUGGCUCACAGCCAGACUAAGAAACGCAGGAGGAGUCGAAGUGAUUCCCGGAGUCGAAGUGAUUCCCGGAGCCGACGAGACAAGGAGGAAGAUAAGAAAAGGAGGAAGAGUAGCAAAGAUUCCCGAGAGAGGAAGAGCCGAUCCCCGGCAAGCAAAAAAGAAUCUGAACCCCAGGAAUUCAGGAUGAGUUUAUCCUCUUCCAAAGACGUGAAAAAGAAGAAGAAAACGAAGAAGAAAAGGAAGAGGAAGGACAGCAGCUCCUCUUCCUCCGAGACCAGCUCUUCUUCCUUCUCCUCUUCCAAAUCGGCCUCCUCUUCCAGCGCCUCUUCGGACGGGUCCGGCGACAACAAGCCCAAAUCCGAAAAGAAAAAGCAGAGGAGGAAGAAAGCAUCCAAAGGGAAAGAUAAGAAGCGGAGAAAACGAAAAGAGAAAAAGAAGAAGAAGAAAGCCAAGAAGGAAAAGGGAAAAGAGGAGGGACCUAAGAAGGAGGAGGCCCCCGGCCCUUCGCUGGACCAGUGGCAGAAGGAGGCUGGGUCGGAUUCUGGACCUGCCCUCACGGACGAGCAGAAAUUCCGCAUCCAGGCCAUGAAGCCGAUGACGAAAGAGGAAUGGGACGCCCGCCAGAGCGUUAUACGGAAAGUCCUCGACCCCGAAACAGGCCGAAUGAGACUUAUUAAGGGCGACGGAGAGAUCUUGGAGGAGAUUGUCACGAAAGACCGGCAUAAAGAAAUAAACAAGCAAGCUAAUCGGGGCGAUGGACUUUCGUUCCAGAUGAAAAUGGGGAUGUUGCAGUAACGGAGCAGACCCCGAAAUGGCAAAGAUGAUCCGGUGGCUGUUUGCAAAAGGUUUUGCCCCAACGAGGCAUGUCCAGGUGCCAGAAGGCAGGCCCAGGCCACGCUGCCCAAGCCUUUGCGGGGGGGGGGG